UCCAAAUCGAAUUCUCUGAAAACCCAGCAUAAGGAGCUUAAACCCCAGAAAUGGCAAUGAGGGCGGCGGCUAUUAAGGUGGCGGCCGUAUCCACCGCAGCUCCGAGAGGCCUAAGAGCCCUGUAUUCGUCUUUACCGGGAUUUUCCUUUAAUUUGCCACCGACUCAAGUUGAGAAGCCUCCGCCCGCUGAACCAUCCACCAAUCUCUUCGUUUCUGGGCUUAGCAAACGUACAACUACAGAAGGCCUCCGAAAUGCCUUUGCUAAGUUUGGUGAAGUAGUCAAUGCUAAAGUGGUGACUGAUCGUGUGUCUGGUUACUCAAAGGGUUUUGGGUUUGUAAAUUAUGCAACUUUAGAAGGAGCUGAAGCAGGGAUAAAGGGCAUGGAUGGCCAGUUCUUGGAUGGUUGGGUUAUUUUCGCGGAGUAUGCAAGACCAAGACCUCCUCUCCCCUCCUUGAACAAUGGGUAUCCACGGGAAGGUCAGCGGUGAUUAAAAUUCCACUCGUUGAACAUACAUUAUUCCAGGAAAACAGCUAUUUAAUCUUGAAUUGAAGCCUGUAAUUUGAUUUAAAGAGAACAUGUAGUCUCUCGCUAUUUGAUGAUUUGAGUGAGAGUUAUAGUCACCACCGUGAAACUAGACAUGUGAUGUCUGCAUAUUUAUGUGUCCUGGAUAUGUUCUUGAAUCAAGCAUGAAGCCUGAUUGUGUUUAGCAACACUAGCACUGUGGAAUUUGAUUAUACUAAAAUUUAUGAGAAAUUAGUACUCAUUCUUUACUAA